CGGCGGCGGCGGCGCGUGGGGCGGCGCGUGUUGACAGCGGCGGCGGCAGCAGAGCCCGGCGGGCGGCAGGAGUCGGCGCCCCCGGUUCCUGCCCCUGGUCCCGAGGCGGUGGCGGACCGGAGUCCCGGGAUGGCCUUCAUGGAGAAGCCGCCGGCCGGCAAGGUGCUGCUGGACGACACGGUGCCGCUGACAGCGGCCAUCGAGGCGAGCCAGAGCCUGCAGUCUCACACGGAAUAUAUCAUUCGGGUACAAAGAGGAAUUUCCGUAGAAAAUAGCUGGCAGAUUGUUAGGAGAUACAGUGACUUUGAUUUGCUGAACAACAGCUUGCAGAUUGCAGGCCUAAGUCUACCUCUUCCUCCCAAAAAAUUGAUUGGUAACAUGGAUCGUGAAUUCAUAGCUGAGAGGCAGAAAGGUCUUCAGAAUUAUCUCAACGUUAUCACCACAAAUCAUAUCUUGUCUAACUGUGAGCUGGUUAAGAAGUUUCUAGAUCCAAACAACUAUUCUGCAAACUACACUGAGAUUGCCUUACAACAUGUUUCCAUGUUCUUCCGAUCAGAGCCAAAGUGGGAGGUGGUAGAACCAUUGAAAGACAUAGGUUGGAGGAUAAGGAAGAAAUAUUUCUUGAUGAAGAUUAAAAAUCAGCCAAAGGAACGGCUAGUGUUAAGCUGGGCUGACCUUGGUCCAGACAAGUAUCUCUCAGAUAAAGAUUUUCAGUGUCUAAUCAAACUUCUGCCUUCCUGUUUGCACCCUUACGUCUAUCGUGUUACCUUUGCCACAGCUAACGAAUCCUCAGCAUUGCUAAUUAGAAUGUUUAAUGAAAAAGGAACCUUGAAGGACCUGAUCUACAAGGCAAAACCGAAAGACCCAUUCCUGAAGAAGUACUGCAACCCUAAGAAGGUUCAAGGCCUUGAACUCCAGCAAAUAAAAACAUAUGGGCGGCAAGUAUUAGAGGUCCUAAAGUUUCUACAUGACAAGGGAUUUCCUUAUGGGCAUCUUCAUGCUUCCAACGUGAUGCUGGAUGGGGAUACCUGCCGGCUGCUGGACCUGGAGAAUUCUUUGUUGGGCCUUCCUUCCUUCUACCGAUCGUAUUUCUCACAGUUCAGGAAGAUCAAUACAUUGGAGAGUGUGGACGUCCACUGCUUUGGCCACUUACUAUAUGAAAUGACUUACGGACGACCGCCCGACUCAGUGCCUGUAGACUCCUUCCCUCCUGCACCGUCCAUGGCUGUGGUGGCCGUGUUGGAGUCCACGCUGUCUUGUGAAGCCUGUAAAAAUGGCAUGCCCACCGUCUCCCGGCUCUUGCAGAUGCCAUUAUUCAGUGAUGUUCUGCUUACAACUUCCGAAAAGCCACAGUUUAAGAUCCCCACAAAGUUAAAAGAGGCAUUGAGAAUUGCCAAAGAAUGUAUAGAAAAGAGACUGAUUGAAGAACAGAAACAGAUCCACCAGCAUCGAAGACUGACGAGAGCUCAGUGUCACCAUGGAUCUGAAGAAGAAAGGAAAAGGAGGAAGAUUUUAGCUCGAAAGAAGUCAAAACGAUCUGCUGUUGAAAAUAAUGAAGAGCAUUCAGCAAAAUACAGCAACUCCAAUAAUUCAGCAGGAUCUGGGGCCAGCUCACCUCUCACAUCCCCGUCCUCGCCAACUCCACCCUCCACAGCAGGGAUGUCCGCGUUACCUCCACCUCCUCCACCUCCGCCUCCACCAGCAGCAGCUCCCUCACCUCCUGCGAGCACAGAGGCGCCCUCACAGUUUCCACCCCAGGCUGUGAAUGGCGUGAGCCGAGGGGCCUUACUCAGCUCCAUCCAGAAUUUCCAAAAAGGAACUUUGAGGAAAGCCGAAACCUGUGAUCAUAGCGCUCCUAAGAUUGGCUAAAGCAUCGUGUUUACACUCGGAGGGAAAAGUUCUUUUUUUUUUUUUUUCCUUUCACCUCCACCCCCUGAAGUACCCUCCUUCUGGAUGAAUAAUUGCUGAGCCAGUACAGCCACAUAUGGCUUUGCAGAUGCUCACAUAAGGGGCUUUUCAAGAGAGAAACACAGUCUUCAAAUAGAAUGAAGUCAGGCUGGCAUUGCUGCCUUAAGAAAUAUUUUGCUCCUUGGUUACUAUUGGAAUCUGGUUCACCCUCUUUUGGUGGGCAGCAGCAUAUCAGAAUCAGUUAUUUCCACCAACUGAAGGAAAUGGACAAAAAACAAAAACGAUGACAAUAUUCAGUCACCAAGGUGAAUGGCCUUGGUGUUACAAUCCCUCCCAUCCCACCAGACAGCUCCUAGAACUGUUCCUCUCAUAAUUUCUCUAUUCUAAAGCAUUUUCUGGUUAUUUCUUAGAUAAAACUGUUUUUUGCUACCUUUAAUUACAUCUUAGACAUUAACACCAUAGCCCAAAGCAUAGUGAUGUCGCUGAGAGUCAGAGAAGCAACCGAGUUCUUCAUUUCCCCCUCAAGUAGAAGGUGAAAGUUCGCAACAUCCUCUCAAGUUCAAUCAGGAACUCCACUGUGGUUACAGAACUCAGGGCUGCUACAGGAACUACUCUAGGCUCUUCAUUCCUUUUAGUUAGUACGUGUUGAACAGACAAAAAAAUGUUAACAUCAGGAAAAGCUCUUGCCAAUUCAAGGAUCUUCUUAAUCCUUAGCAUUUAAGUCAAGUUUGGGGUUUGUGGGGGGUCAUUAUUACAAGUAAAUUUGGCAUCUAUAGAAAUCAGUUCUGAUUUUUAAAGAUUUAUCCAAAUAUACCAUCUUUUUAACAUUACUCAUUUAUUAGAAAGAUCCUUUAUCCUAUGAUUUGCUUAAACCCUUAAAUAAAUUGCACUUUAAAGGAUUAUAAGUAAUCCAUCUAAAAAAAUCAAGUUAUACCCAUCAGUGUUGGUUACUAUGCAGAGAGAAUGUCAUUGUGUAUAGUUUCAUGUGAUCUGUGAUAAAUGUUCAGCUGUAUUUUUUAUUAAAAUAAACUGUGUCAAGAAAA